UCCAGUGCCUCAGUGUCCCCCCAGUGCCCCCCAAUGUCCCCCCAGUGCUCCCAGUGCCCUCCCCGCUGCUCCCAGUGCCCCCCCAGUGCUCCCAGUGCCCCCAAUGUCCCCUCAAUGUCCCCCCCGGUGCUCCCAGUGCCCCUCCCCCUUUGGCCCCUCCCCCGGGGCGGGUCCGUCCGGGCCCAUUAAAGGUCCCGCGGGGCCCCCCCCGGGUCAGCCCCGACCCCUCACCAUGAGCAGCGCGAGCGAGCCCGGACUGCGGCAGCUCCUGAAGCCGCUGCUGGAGAAGCGCCGGCGCGACCGGAUGAACCGGAGCCUGGACCAGCUGCGGCUGCUGCUGCUGGCGGCCACCCGCGACGAGCGCCUCCGGAGCCCCAAGGUGCCGAAGGCGGAAAUCCUGCGGCAGACAGUGCAGCUCCUGCAGGCGCCGCCACCAGCAGACCCACAGGGCACGGAGGAGCUGUUCCUGCACCGGUACCACUGCGGAUACUGGGAAUGCCUGACCCGCGCUGCCCGCUUCCUCAUGGCCAUUCCAACGGAGCCCCCACGUCCCGCCGCUGGCCCCACGGCGCUGUGCCCCACGGCGCUGUGCCCCACACCGUUUGCUGCUGACCCCCCAGGACCCCCUGGCUGCCACGGACAGCCCAUAGGCCCCAGUUACCAUCACAGUUACCACGGUUACGCCCCUGGGUACCACAGCUUCAGGCCUAGGCCUGACCGCUGCCCUGGCGACGGUUGCCAUGGUGACAGGUCCAAGCAUCCUGGUUACCACGGUUACGGGCCUGGUCUUGAGCCUACUUCAGGGCCUACUAUACGGCCUGGUUGGGGGCAAAGCCGGGGGCCCCAGCAUGGUCUCAGCCCCAGCGGCCGUGAGGACUCGCAGCAGCGCUGCCCCAAGGAGGAGAUGCUGCCGGGGCCUCCCCACCAUGUCUGGAGGCCCUGGCCUUGAGCCAUGGACACCCCCGGGGCUGGGGGUGUGUCCCCCAGUUUGGCUAUGGGGGACAGGGAGGGGGCAACUGGUGUGUACUGGGAGGAAGGCUGCUUUGAACUGGUGUAUAGUGGGAGGUUGAGGGUCUUCCCCAGCUCCAGACAUGCCCCUGGUUGACCCCAGAGGGUGAACCUCAAACUGAAGGUCUUUUUGCCCCAAAAGUCAGGUCCUGGAGGCUCAGGACUGGGAACAGCGCUGGGAGAUGCCAUGUGGGGCUCCUGGGCUUGGUUUUGGGUGAAAAGGUUGAGGUUUGGGGCCCGUUAACACUUUCUUCCUGGUACAGCCCUAAAUCCCAAAUUUCAGUGGUGGGAAAAGGGGGUGGGAGGGGGAAAAUGUCCGGUUUUGGUUAUAACCUUCCUGUUUUCCCUUUUCCUCCCUCAUUUGUGGCCCCUUUGUCCCCCUUUUCCUGUAUUUCGGAGGGAAAACCCUAUGAUUCCAAUAAAAAUGUGCUGCUUUGUCA